CGCAGAAGCCAGAUGUUAUUCUGGUGGAUUGCAAUCUACGCAAUCUCUCAUUGCGAUGGUCCAAUAUUAUCACAUGCGUGGAGCACACAGAGAGCGACUUCAACUCUUCCAUACCUUUGUAUUAUGGUAGCGGCACUAAAGGGUACCUGUUGAUGCGAGAACAACCUUGGCGCCGAUUCGUCUUGAUCUUUACUAUCGCCAAUAACCUGCUUCGCCUUCACUACUUUGACCGCUCAGGUCUGAUCAUUUCACGCCCCGUUGAUAUCCUCAAAAAUCCUGUGCGUCUUCUCGAGGUUUUAAACACCUUAACGCUCGCGCACACCAACAACCUCGGGUAUGAUCCCACGAUGCAUAUGUGCGAUCCUGCCUGCAAGGGCUCACAUGCCGAUCUGCGGGAGAACGCCAUAGGCUGGAUAGAAAACCAUGAUAAAUCCCAUCUAUCGAUCAUGAGCACCUCGGAUGGGACGGAGUUCGCACUCAAAGACUGUUGGGUCGCUGAGGAUAAGAAAAACCACGAGGUGACCGUUCUCAAGAUGGUUGAAGGAAUCCCGAAUGUAGUCAAGCUCGUGGCCCAUUGGGAUGUCCUCUACGAUGGGGAGCCGGACUGCACGUAUCGUAUUCGAGCUUCCCAUGGUGUUUGUACCUCUGGGUUUAUUCGCAGAUUCCACCGGCGCCUUCUGUUGACCCCCUGCGGAGAACCACUUGUGUUGUACUCCUCGAAGCUUGAGCUGUUGAGAGCCUUCCAUGACUUUGUCUCAGCUCAUAGUUUAAUGCUCGCAAGUCACGUCCUCCACGGAGACUUGAGUCCGAAUAAUUUUAUCAUCCAUGACGGACAAGGUUAUUUUAUUGACUUUGAUCAUGCUCGCAUUAUUGUGGAAGGCGCUGUUAGUGCUCCUUCAGAGGGCACGGGUACUAGGCCCUAUAUGUCAAUUCGUCUUCUCCGGGAGGGUAUUGCAAAGGGUGCAACGAUCCAACACACAGCAAGUGAUGACCUGGAGUCAUUGUUUUUUAUCUUCGUCGAGUUUGCGACCACCUUCGACGGGCCACGCGGCUUCAUGAAAGAUGAGGGCAGGAGGCCCUUGUGGGUUGAUAAAUUUGAGACCUCAGGCGCUGAUCCCUGGUUGGCAAAGCAGGCAUAUGUGCUUGCACCUCCCAAUGACUCGUCAUUGAUGGAAAAAACUACUUCAUUCUUUGCACCAUUCAGUCAAAUCAUACAGGAGUGGCGUCAUCUAAUUCUAGGAGCAGCCAGCAACCCAAGCGACCCCCCCCCGCUCACGGCGCUCCUCAACAAAUGGAUCUCUCAGCUCUCAAAGCUCCCCGUGGAUGCUCCCACAGAAAUUAUGGUGCCCAUGGCAUCAUCAUCAAGAUUGGGACAUCCUCCACACGACGACGUCCGAUCAUCCGCGGGUGCUCGUCGUUCUAUGCGCAUCCAACAGAGAGUGUCAUAGCCCACAAACCCUCCUUGUUCUUCCCACAUCCAAAUGAGACAACCCUCUUCUUGCAUGUCUUUUCUGUGUAUGUUUUUCAUUGCAAUGCAUUUUAGUAUGAUACAGUGUAGUACGCCACGUGUUAUAUGAUAG